AUGUUUGGCAUUUGGAUCGCUGCACUUUUUCUGCUCGACACAGCCAAAGGAAGAGAAGUUUGUUAUCAGAGGCUUGGCUGCUUCCCAAAUAACCCACCGUGGACUGGUACGCUGCAAAGACCACUGCUAGGCUUGCCCAGCUCUCCCGAACGAGUGAAAACCACAUUCCUUCUCUACACUAGAGACAACCCCAACAGAUACCAGGAAAUUUCUGCCAUAAAGCCCUCAACUAUCAAAGCCUCAAAUUUCAGAACCAACAGGACAACUCGUUUUCUUCUACAUGGAUAUUCUAUCGGAAAUGACAUCGUUUGGCUAAUAGACAUGUGCAAGGUCAUGUUUCAAGUGGAAGAUGUGAACUGCGUUGUCGUAGACUGGAGGGGUGGCGCAGAUGUCAUAUACACAGAAGCAGUCAGCAACGUUCGAAUUGUGGGGGCAGAACUGAACUAUUUAAUGGACCUUCUGGAGAGAGAUUACGGAUACACGCCUGCCAACAUCCACAUUAUUGGUCACAGUCUUGGAGCACAUGCUGCAGGUGAAGCAGGAAGGAGGAAGAGAGGCAUUGCUCGAAUAACAGGCUUGGAUCCGGCUGGGCCUUAUUUCCAUUCCACGCCUCCUGCGGUCAGGCUGGAUCCUUCCGAUGCAGAAUUUGUUGAUGUCAUUCACAGUAAUGCUGGUCGCUUGUUUUUUGACUUUGCUGUUGGAAUCAAUGAGCCCUCUGGACAUCUGGAUUUUUACCCAAAUGGCGGGAGAAUAAUGCCAGGAUGUCCACUACUUCGGGAACAACCUGUAAGUCGCGAUGUCAACGAGGUCAUGAGAGGAUCAGGAGAGAAUCAGGCAGGCAUGACAGCUAGGCCAUAA